UGUUAUGUAUAAUUACCGAUACAGAACUGUAAAUGCACUUUAAUCUGUUUCAUUCAGAGGUUCAGAAGAAGCAACAGGAUGCCUAACGAGAGGAAACCGACUGACAGCGGUCAGGCUGUGGCCCUCAUCAUCUUCAUGCUCGGUCUGGGAACUCUGCUGCCCUGGAACUUCUUCAUGACGGCCUCUCAGUAUUUCAACGGACGCCUCAACAACAUGUCCAACAACACGUCCAACAGCACGUCAGCAGCAGCGACUAAAGACUACAACUACGACAGCUGGAUGGCCUUGCUUUCCCAGCUGCCCCUGCUGCUCUUCACCCUGCUCAACUCCUUCCUGUACCAGUGGGUGAAGGAGCGUCUCCGCGUGGCCUUCAGCCUGAUCGCCAUCUUAAUCCUCUUCUCCCUCACAGCGGCUCUGGUCACCGUCCCCAUGCAGCCGGACUCCUUCUUCUCCGUCACCAUGGCGACCAUCUGGUUCAUCAACAUGUUCAGCGCGGUGCUGCAGGGCAGUCUGUUCGGUGUGGUCGGCCUGUUUCCUCCUCGGUACAGCACGCUGUUUAUGAGCGGUCAGGGUCUGGCCGGGAUCUUCGCCGCGGUUGCGAUGCUUCUCUCCAUCCUGAGUAACGCCAAUGAGAACAUAGCGGCGCUGGGAUACUUCAUCACGCCGUGCGUCGCCACUCUGGGCACGCUGGUGUGUUACCUGCUGCUGCCGCACCUGGAAUUUGCUCGUUUCUACCUGAACAGAAGACAGUCGGAUCCAGCGGAGGAAGCCUCGGCCCUUAAAGAAAAAGAAGAAUUAAACAACAAUCCUAAAGAGCUGGAGGCCAAGGGGAUCUUCUUCAGUGAGCCAGAGGAGCGUUCCUCCGUCCUGGCCGUCUUCAAAAAGAUCUGGAAGAUGGCGCUGUCUGUGACGUGUGUGUUUGCCGUCACCCUGUCGGUGUUUCCUGUGAUCACGGUCCGAGUGCAGACCGUCUACAAGAACCCCGCCUGGGAAAAAGUCUUCACCUGCUUUUGCUGGCUUCAAUGCCGUUCUUUCACGGUCAAUGGUGACUUUGCUCGGACCGCAGCGCGCCGGCCGUCGAAAGGACAAAGACUUACCGUUUCCCAUUCGCCGUGCUGUUGUCGUGUGGCCUUCAUCCCUCUGCUCAUGAUGUGUAACAUCCACAACUCCAACCUCAACUUCUUCAGCCACGACAGCAUCUUCGUCACCAUCAUGGUGCUGUUCUCCUUCUCCAACGGAUACUUGGCGAGCCUCUGCAUGGCCUACGCUCCACAGUGA